AUGGCUCAACAACAGUCCUUUGACUAUUAUCAAGUACCUCCGAUGCCUCAAUCAAUGAGCCCGCCCGAGCUCUCCCCGCUCUCCUUCUACGACAACCAGGCCGACUUCAGUGCCGACUCGGCCCCGUCCCGCGGCUCGCCCGUCUCGCCCGUCUUCCCUACCUCGUCCUUCCAGCUCCCCUCUAGCAGCGACUGGCCCGCCUACUUUGAGAAGCCCGCCCUCUCCCCAGACCUCGACGUCUUUUACGGCGAAUCCUUCGGCAGCCCCAUGUCCUUCCUCUCGCCCCAGAACCUCACCCUCAGCCCCAGCGCCAACCCGUCCGACCUCAUGUCCGACGCCGUCGCCUUUGGCCGCGAGGGCAUCAACGACACCCAGCCACUCUUCCAGAACCUCGAAGCACCCGCCCGCCCCCAGGCUCAACUUCAGCAACCCACAAAGUCCCCGCGUUCAGCCCGGACGACAUCGACACCUGCUUCCCGCCCAGAGCAAUCCCGCCCUCAACAACGACAAGAAACACAAACACAAACACAAACCCAGCAACAACAACGAACCUCUCCGCGCAACAACGACCUCAAGCGCAAAUCUUCCGCCUCGUCCGCCUCGUCCCGCUCUGCCUCACCCGAGCCCCCCGCCCGCCGCACAAAACACUCGGAGCCCUCCAAGAACCCGCACAACAUGAUUGAGAAGCGCUACCGCGUCAACAUCAACGAGAAGAUUAUUGCCCUUCGCGACGCCGUCCCCUCGCUGCGCUGCGUCGUCCAGCAGACGGAGAACCCGCAGGCCGCCGCUGCCGCCGCCGAGAGCGACGAGGCGUUUGAUGUCGUUGAGGAGCUCGGUGGGUUGAUGCCUGCGCGCAAGCUGAACAAGGCGACAAUCUUGAGCAAGGCUACCGAGUAUAUCUCGCACUUGGAGAAGAAGAAUUCGCAGCUGUGGAAGGAGAACGAGGAGUUGGAGAAGAGGCUUGCUGAGGCGCAGCAGUGGCAGCAGGCGCAGGCCGAGGGGCCGUUCUGGUCUUGA